AUGUUGAAUUUCAAAAUUCUACUUACAUUCAUCGUCUUCGCAGGGAUAUCAUGUGAUUAUGUGAUCGAUUAUGCUUUCCGAAAGUAAGUUCUUGUUCGAAAUUCAUGGUUUGAUUUGGCAUUUUUCAGUAUGCUUAAUUCAUCGGUCGAUAGAUGUGAUAAUUUCUAUCGACAUGUUUGUAAAGUAGGAACAAAGCAUGGUAUGCUCAAAUUGGGUUAUAGCAUUUUGGAAGAAGAUUAUGGUAACUUCACGGUAACUGAUGACAUUUCUGAAUACUUGGUUAGUUUAAUAAAGUUCUUCAUUGUAUAAAGCAUAUCAAUCUGUAGGUGGAACUCAUGAAAUGUAGUGAAACGGAUUACAAAGAAGGAACCGUAACAGAAAAAUUGAGAAAUUUGCUUGAAAACGCGUGAGUAGACAACUCGACAGAGAUAAAAAUAAAAAUGGAAAUUUUCACUUUAGAAUUCAAAAUGGAGAAGAAGAUAUAUUCUUGAACAAUAUGAAAAACAUUCGCAAUUUCACUGGCCACCAAAAUCAAUUUUCACAGUUUUUGGCAAACUGGGAAUCUGAUUUAGUAAGUUUGGGAUGAUUUUCGAGAGAUGAACUGGAAAUUUCAGAUUGCAAGAUAUCAACUAGGUUGUGAAUUAGUCAUUGGAUACAAUAAAGAACGAUUAUGGCUAUAUAAAAACACGAGAGUUAUUGAUGAUUUUGAAAAAAUUCUCAAUGAGCUGAAACCUAUUUUUAAUACUUGGAUUGAAGUAGGUUUGAUAAAAAGCAUACAUAACAUGAGUUUUGUUUUCAGGAAACACCAUCAUUCAAAAAAUAUCAAGUUGUUGAUAAAUAUCACGAUAUAGUGUCAAAUCUUGAACUACAGAAUAUGUCGAGCUCGCAUCGUAUAUCUCAAUUGACCACCGAAUUUAAAAAUUGUCAGAAAAUGCUUGGGCAAUGGUUGAAUGAUCAAAUUUUAGUCAACAUUAUUUGUAUUGACGAUAACUAUCAGCGUUAUAGAAACAAUUCAGAAAGACUUUUGACUAAUUUCAAUGCAUUUCUUGAUGGAAACUUUGUAAAUCUUGGAUUACCUUUUUACGCAGUCGCAUCUAGAAUUGAAACGGAAUCGUUUUAUGUUAGUUCUGAAAUUGGCUGAGCUUUGAAAAAAUAAUUAUUUCAGACUGGAUUAUUGGGAUUCGGAAUUGCUCACGAAAUGUCUCAUUCUGUAAUUCAAAGCAAUGGUGAUGAAAAAAAGUUGUUCUUCUCACAACGAACAACAAACUGUAUACAAAAUCAGUAUUAUAAAUCUUGUGAUUAUUAUAACGUGCCCUCGGUAUGUUUAUUAUUUGUAAAUAUUUUAUAUUUUGUGACUUUCAGGACAAUUGUAUUCAGUACUUGACAAGAAUCGAUGACAAUGGAUCAGAUUUAUUGGGAUUUAGAGGAGUUAUUCAAUUGGCAAAAAAUCAGUUUGGAAGAAAAUUGUAUGAACAAAAUGAUGAAUAUUCUGAUUACACUAAUCUUCAACUAUUAUUUAUGGGACAGGCAUCAUUUGCAUGCGUUUGUUUAUUUUUUAAUUAAGCACCUAUGUUAUUUUUUUCAGAAUUAUCGGAUAUCAGAUAAAGAUCAUUCACCAUUUGUAAUCAGAUCAAAUGCAAUAGCAGCGCAGAAUCCAGAAUUCAGAGAUGCGUUCAAAUGUGGCCCAAACUCAAACAUUUCCAAAUCUUUACAUGUGAGCUUUUUUUUUUAGUUUAUAUAUAUUUAAUUUUAUUGUAAAAAAUAUUUGUUGACUUUUUUCUUCAGAAAACAUGCUACAUACUUGGACCAAAUGCAUCGCCUGAAUAA